UUCCUGGAUGGGAGAUGAAUAAAAUAAUGUCUUCCAGAAACCGUUGAUCGAAAAACAAGAAUAAAGAUCACGUUGUUGUGCAAUUUUGCGAAAUAGUAGGAGUGCGUAUUUAAAUUUCUGAAAGUGAUUUGCGUGAAAAUAAGUAAAAGAAAAAAUACCAAAUAUAAUUAGAAAUAAUCUGUGAUUGUAAGAGAUGCUGCCCUAUUACUAUCCUCAAGUCUACUAUCCAUACGUUCUUCCACCUUCCUCUCCUCCGCAAAUACAGGCAAUGCCAUCAGCUGUCGGCAGCGGCGGCCAUGCGUCGCACACGGCCUCCCUGAUCAGCAAUGAGGAUUGUGGGAUUAAGGAUGUUUGGCGGCACAAUUUGGAAGAUGAAUUCCGGACAAUUCGGCAGGUGGUGCAGAAAUAUCACUAUGUAGCCAUGGAUACGGAAUUUCCGGGAGUUGUUGCACGACCCCUUGGUGAAUUUCGCUCCUCAGCUGAUUAUCAGUAUCAGCUAUUGCGCUGCAAUGUGGACAUCUUGAGGAUUAUUCAGCUGGGUCUGACAUUUAUGGAUGAUGAGGGCAAGACACCACCGGGUUUCACCACAUGGCAGUUCAAUUUCAAGUUUAAUCUGAGUGAGGACAUGUAUGCGCAGGAUUCGAUAGAUUUACUGCAAAAUUCGGGAAUUCAAUUCAAGAAGCACGAAGAAGAUGGAAUCGAUCCGUUGGAAUUUGCCGAAUUACUCAUGACAUCGGGAAUUGUACUGAUGGACAAUAUUAAGUGGCUCAGCUUCCAUUCUGGAUAUGAUUUUGGCUAUCUUCUCAAACUCCUCACGGAUCAGAUGUUGCCUGUGGAAGAGAGUGAAUUCUUCGAAUUGCUAAGGCUCUACUUUCCCACAAUUUACGAUGUGAAGUAUCUCAUGAAGUCAUGCAAAAAUCUAAAGGGAGGCCUUCAGGAGGUGGCUGAUCAACUGGAAUUGCGUCGUGUGGGACCUCAGCAUCAGGCUGGGUCUGAUUCUCUGCUCACCGGAAUGGCAUUCUUCAAGAUGCGCGAGAUGUUCUUCGAAGACAACAUUGACAAUGCCAAAUACUGUGGACAUCUGUAUGGUCUUGGAACAUCCUUUAUUGUCAAUGGUAACAAUUACACAGACAAUGGAGAAGGAAAUUCCGCAUCUUAAAGCACACUCAACUUUCUCACGCAAGAAAAAAAAACAAUUUAAAGCGAAAACGAUUUUGAUUCUUUAUUUUUUUUUCGAUUUGAAAAUGAGAGGAGGGAAAAGCAAAUUAACCAAUAAAUAAAUAGUUAAACUGAAUAAGAGAAAUAUUUAGAGGCAAAAGAAAAAAUUAAUAAGAACUUUUUAGAGAAAAUGCUUCUCAAGAGAAUUCCUUCAAAAAUCCAAGAAAAUUUUUACUAUUAAAAAAAUGAUAUUUCUAUUUGAGAAAUAGCGCGCGCGUUAGAGGAUUUUUUUUUAUAAAAUGGUUCUUUUUAGAACAUCAAUUACGAUCACCUUUUUUUCUCAAGGAUGCUUCUUCUUUUGGGGGAAAAAGAUGGGAAUAUCGUUAUGUUUUUCUUUUUACAAAUUGAAACUGAAAAUUAAUUUAAAAGCAAAUUUAAAAAACAAAAAUCUGUAGAAAAUAUAUCUUUGUGAGCAGAUUUUUGGAGUCAUUUAAAUGUACUAGUUCAUUUAUUUUUCAUGUAAUCUUUUUGUAAUACGAAUAAUUUUUCAUUUUUGCGAAACAUUUGAUACACACAGAGACAAGAUUAUCAUGUAAGGGCGUUGUAAUGACCGACAAAUAGCUGAAAUAAAUUUUCUUAUCACAA